AAUAUUAAACCAUUAUCUCUAAAUGCUGAUUUUAAAGGUUCAUAAAUUAUAAAGAAAACAGGCUAUUAAAUAAAUAACUGUCCCAGAAGGCCUAAACUCAAAUGAGUAGUGGGUCACGAGCUGGUCCAGUUAACAGGCCCAUCUUUGCAAUCAAACGGGUCAGCAUGAUGAUUGAUGAGACAGCAGUGACCCGACCCAAUUUGUUGAUGUUCGGAUCAUCGUCGGUUGGUGUGUAGGAGGAGAAAGAGGGAGAAGAAAUGAAUGUGAUCUAUAGAGGUCUUCGAAGCACACACACUGCUGUAGACUCUCCACGCCUCACCAGAUUUGUUCUUCAUCCUCCUAAAUUUGUGGAGGUGGAGUUUGAAAACGGCAGUCUGUAUAAGUUGUCAGCUGAGUAUUUGAGAAUAUAUAGCCCCGCUGUUGAUAGUAAAAUCAGAUCGAUUUGCGGUGAGAAGGUCAUAUCUGGUAGACGUCAUGUCGGAAUCAUGUCUGCAGAACCCAUUGGAAAUUAUGGAGUGAGGUUAUUGUUUGAUGACUUGCAUAAGACUGGUAUCUUUACAUGGGACUACUUCCACCAUCUCGGAAGUAACAAAUUCACCCUCAUGAGAAAUUACAUCAAAACUCUGAAGAAACAUGGACUAAGCCGGGAUCCACCUAGACGAAGAUGACCAUUAGACGUGGCCAUAAAAAGGUCGACCCACACUAUUUAAGUAGGAAAACAUUCUUUCCACGUGCUAAGAGUGGAAUUGUGACACAAAAUGGACUGUUGCAAAUAUUUCAAUGACUAGUUCAUCAUAUGUUAUAGUAUGUGCUGCUGAAUUUUUGGUGCGUUAUACGCAAGAUCUAGAGAUUGAACAUGCAACUCAAAAGAGGAACAUAGAGGAGAGGCUCUUUGUUUGUAAUUCUGAUUUGAAAAGCAUGUUGGUGGCGCAGAACAUGCUUGAUCAGCUGAAAGAAACAGUAAAGGUGGCAAGUUUGUUUUCUUCUUUUUACUUUUGUCAUAUUACAGUGUCUUCUUUAAUCUGUAACAGAAAGAAGAAGAAAAGGGAAUUGAUAGAGUGGUCUUAACCCUUUCCCCGAUCCAGGGGCUUUAGUGCAGGGCCUACCCUUUUAUUUCACAAGAACUACCUCUAUCCAGUGAUAUUAAGACAAUCUUAGCCUGUUCAAAGGGAAAUACGACAGCAACAUAUGGCUUCUUCCUUUUGAA